AUGCCUCCGGCGCCCUCCUACCCCUCCCCCAACGCCGCGCAGAUGGCCCAAGGCGCCAUGCCCUACUACAGCAACCGCCAGCUGACGGACGACGAGCUCCUGACAGCCGAGCUGUCUCGCGAAACCUCCGGUGCCAAUCUCGGGGGCGGUUCGAGUAACGGCGUCCACCAGGGCCAGUCGAUGGUGCUGGGCUCGUCCAAUGCCGGCGCGCCUGACAUGGGCCGUCACGACUCUGAGGAUCAACACCAGCAGAUGCUACAGUUUCCGCCAAGUCAGCAAGUCGGCGUCGACCCGAAUCACGAUCUGAGUUACGGUGAACAAAGCGCGCGUAAGCGUUCGAAAAUCUCGAGGGCCUGCGAUGAGUGUCGCCGAAAGAAGGUGCGAUGCGAUGCCACCUCCGAGACUGGCCUCGAAGGAUGCUCCAACUGCCGCCGUCUGGGCAUUGUGUGCCAAUUCAGUCGCGUGCCGAUGAAACGCGGUCCCAGUAAAGGUUAUAUCAAGGAACUUGCCGAGCGCCUUCACACCCUGGAGAGUCAAAUGCAACCUGCGAUGGUCCAGCCCGAUGUGCCCUACCAGUCAAUGAACGACCUCCCCCGAGCCUACCAAGACUUCGCCUCGCCGGUGGACUCGAGCGGCGGCAACCGAAAGAGAACAUACUCGGUCUUUGAGGGUCUGCCCAGCUCGUCAUUCGCGCAGCCGAACUUCAAUGCGCGUGGGUCACAGAAUGCCUUCGAUGCGACGGAGUCAUCGGCGGACCCUUACAACCCAGCAGUCACAAGCGGCGGUGCUCCCAAGCCGGGCAACCUGUUUUGGAACCCGGCUGGUAAUGAGCACGACCUGCCCAGCGGUCUUGAAAUGACCGACCUGCCCAAGCAUGAGGGCGACGAUGACAUGACUCCAGUCAGCCUAGACGAAGGCGCCCUUGAUGCCUAUUAUCAAAAAAUCCAUACUCUGCUGCCGAUUCUACCGCACACCAGGGAGAGGACAUUAGAGCUGCUCCACCAGUGCCACCGAGAAGCGCAAGAGAUCUUCUGCUAUGCGUUGUACACCAUCACUCGGACGGACUUGUCGCGCGUGGCAAGCAAUUUCGAAAAAGUCACGUCCUUUGACAAUGCCCAAGACCUCCUUCUUUUCCACACCCGCCAGCCGCUCAUGGUUCACUCCACCGCAGUCAACUUGGUAUGGCUACAGACUCUUCUGCUGAUGAUCAUCGAUUGUGACACUCGUGGCCCGGAGAAUUUUGUGUUGAAAGAUGGUAUUCCCAAACACACUCUGGUCCAGGCCGCCAGUAAGCUCGGAUAUGAUCUGGCAAAGAGCCAGGGUCAAUUGAAGAACAAGCGUGAUACUGAUCCUGAUGUUGACUCGGAUUCCAACCUUACACGGCGCAACUGGGUGUCUUUGGUCAUUUUGGCUCGGUGGUAUGCCAUUAGCGUAGCGGAUGCGACUGUUCUUGGCUCCCAUGAGAUCGGUGGGCGUGAAGAUGAGCGGGUUGUUGGGCAGAUCACCACGGGGAUUGCCUCCUACUCGACCUUCCUGUCCGAGAUGGUCACUCUCGCGACUGUUGAACCCAACGUGUGCCAGGCGAACACCGGAUUGGGCCGCAUGGUCGGCGCCAACUUGGUCGCUUCGCUUGAGCGUCUCGCCGAGAUGGAGGACGUGUUCAAAGUGCAUGAGUUGCCCGAGAACACCAGCACGCGACCACUCUUCGAGAGUCUUCAAGCGCAGCUGUACUGGACCAUCCGCCUGCUGAUCAAGCGCCACGUCUUCGUCUACAGCCCUUACGAAAUCAUUUACUGCGCGCAGGAGGUGAUCAAUGAGAUGCACAAAGCGACUCUGCAGAACCGCCAACCUUCCCCCAUUGACCUACACAGUCUAGCCCUCGCAUCGAUGACCCUUCUCGAAGCCACCGUCCUCCCGGAACACGGUAGCGAAUGCUGGGACUCGCUCGGAAAAGUUGAAGAGAUCUUGGACCACCGCUCCAGGCGCUCCACCAACGCAUCCGAGUUUGACGACAUCUUCGGGACCCCCGGCUGGGACGCAAAGAUCCGCAUCUUCCUCGAAUGGCGCCGCGCCAAGGCCCAGGAGAGCCAGCUCCAUGAGUCGGGUAGUCUGCCCAAGACAUCCUCGUCCAACCACCCGCCCAUGGGUCCCAACGAGCAGCGCUCCCUGCAGCACCUGGCCGAUCUCGCCGUCGGCGCCGAAGGUUCUGUCACCCAGAACGCCUCCGCCACACCCCCGCCAGGUUUAUCGUCCACCGAGCACGGCGAAACCUCCCCGAACCUCGCUCCGCAGCUUUCGCAGUCGCAUGGGGGUGCGGGUCGCGUCGUUGUGGACUUUACAAUGCUCACAAAGGAGGGAUAUCUCAAUGUGUUUUCGGGGUUGAUUUAUCGGCGUUCGCGCUGA